CCAGCAGUCACUGGGUCCUGGGUGAGUUUCGUUGCAACAAGCGCUGUGGUUCAGACUACAGACAGAGCAGGCUGUGCAGCAGAGCGAGCCGCACAACAUCACAGCAUACAGGAAGCAGCCGCCCGCCAGCACAGUCUCAAACCCUGCUCCUUUUACCGAUGUGACAGCAGGAGCGCGUGAAAAAGCUGCUGCCACGAGCUGAACCCUAGGUCGGCGCAGUCGGUGUUCAUUCGGAGGAGAAACCGCCUACAGCCGGACAUGGAUUAUUGGUACCCGUCUUCACCACUUUGGAUUUAGUUAAGACCCCGCGCGCCUCCCUCUUGUCUCUCCUCCCCAGGUGAAGUGAGUGCGCAAAGAACAGGUGGAUCCUGUUUCUGUGUUCAGCUUUAUCCUCCUUCAUCCGCCUGUCACCUUUAUGGGGAACCAGGUGGAGAAACUUACGCAUUUAAAUUACGCAGAGGUGCCAACGGCGGACCCGAAUGGGUUCGACCCGGACGACGACGGACCGCGGAUCGGCGUCUCUUACAUUUUCUCCAACAACGACGACGACGACGAGCAGGACGAACAUUUGGACCGCUUUUCGUCGGACAAGCAACGCGUGGCGAACCAUGAGGAGAAGCCCUACGACCCCGAGGACGAGCUCGAGUGUGCGAUUUACUACCGAGAGGAGUGCGUCUACGAGACAAACCGCGGAGCCGCGGCUCACUCUGCGGAAAGUCUCCUGAACAAGUGCAGACCGGGAGACCUGCUGCAGUUUGUGGCAACUGGACAGUAUCCUCACUGGGCUGUCUACGUCGGGGACUUCCAGGUGGUUCAUUUGCACAGGGCUGAGAUAAAGAACAACUUUCUCACCGAUGUGAGCCAGGGCAAAAAAGGCAGGAUAGUGAACGGCCUCUACAGGUACCGUGCGCUCCCGCCGGAGGUGAUCGUGCGCAACGCCCUGGACCACGUUGGCUCGAGAGACAGAGAGCUGUACUGGAGAAACUCUGAGUGCUUUGCUGCCUGGUGCCGCUUUGGCAAACGGGAGUUUAAAAUCGGAGGGGAGAUAAGGAUAGGAAAGCAGCCGUACAAGUUAAAAUUACUCUUUUCAGAAAAGAAGAGUCACGUCCUGGAGUUUCAGAGCCUGGAGGACGUGAUCAUGGAAAAAAGGAGGAACGAUCAGAUCGGCAAAGAUGCUGUGACGCAAGAGCUGGCCAACCACCUGAACGCAACAAAUGAAAUCAAAGAGGAGCAUUUCGUCAACUGAUUGUGGAUGCUGGGUAACCAGGUGCGGAUUGGAGUUUUAGGUCAAAGGAUGUGUUCAAUGAGCAACUCUCUAAUGCUGAAAAACAGAGCGUGUGUGUUGUUGAGGGAGCAUUUAUCCCUCGCAGUCAACCAACAAGAGCUUUGUCCGUGGGCUUGGGUGCAUGAGCCAAACAAAAGUGCGUUUUUAAGAGGGAGUUCCAAAAUGAUCCAAAUGAGAGGAAAAGCCCCUGACAUCUGGGGUGACACUUGUUUCAUUCUCAAGUGCAUUAGCAGAGCAGCUCACAGGGGAGGGACAAAAUUCCCAGGAAACAAGUGAAAAUUGCACACUGUCAAAUAUCCUUCCUCUUUUUGAAGAAAAAAUAUUUUACACACCCAACCCAAGAUUAAGUAACUUGAUGGAUCAAUUUGCAUCUAAGCUGCACCUGCAUUCUAAUCAUUUGGGGAUGUAGUCAGAAUUGAAUUGCCCAUAAUUAUCUUCCUAAUCCAGUGACUAUUUGCACAGAGAAC